CCCGACCUGCUCCUGCCCGGCGCCUGCUCCGCGCCGGCUCGCUCCCCGGAGCCCGCCGGGCCUGCCCCUUUCGCUCUGCCUUCGCUCCAGCUGCCCCCGGGCCGGGAGGGCGCCCCGAGCUCGGCGGAGCGGCGGCUGGAGGUGCUGACCCGAGAGCUGGAGCGGGCGCUGGAGGCGCGCACUGCGCGGGACUACUUCGGGAUUUGCAUCAAGUGUGGGCUUGGCAUCUAUGGAGCGAGGCAGGCGUGCCAGGCAAUGGGGAGCCUGUAUCACACCGAUUGCUUCACCUGCAACUCCUGUGGGAGACGACUCCGCGGGAAGGCGUUCUACAAUGUGGGUGAGAAAGUGUACUGCCAGGAGGACUUCCUGUACUCCGGGUUCCAGCAAACGGCUGACAAGUGUAGCGUGUGUGGACACCUCAUCAUGGAGAUGAUCCUGCAGGCCCUUGGGAAGUCCUACCACCCGGGCUGCUUCCGGUGCUCGGUGUGCAACGAGUGCCUGGAUGGGGUGCCCUUCACUGUGGACGUGGAGAACAACAUCUACUGUGUCCGAGAUUAUCACACGGUUUUUGCACCAAAAUGUGCCUCCUGUGCCCGUCCUAUCCUCCCUGCACAGGGCUGUGAGACAACCAUCCGUGUGGUGUCUAUGGACAGAGACUACCAUGUGGAAUGCUAUCACUGUGAGGACUGUGGGCUGCAGCUGAGCGGGGAGGACGGACGCCGCUGCUACCCCCUGGAGGGCCACCUGCUGUGCCGCCGCUGCCACCUGCGGCGCCUCCGGCCAGGCCCACUUCCCUCACCUGCUGUGCACGUCACCGAGCUCUGAGCUGGGGGCGGGUAGCCCGACCCUGGGGGCGUGUGUUUGUGUCUGCGUGCACACGCGCGCGUUUUUUCGCUCAGGAGCGCGUUUUCCUGCGCACGCACGUGUUUUUGCGCGAGUAUAUUUUUGCGCGCGCGCCGGCGAUGGGUGACCCAGGUCAGUGUCGGAGCUCUGUGUCAGGGUGGGCGCGGCCGCCGGCUCCCACCCCACCCCUACUCCCACCGGCCACCGAGCUGCUGUCCGAGGGGCCGGCCCCACGGCGAAGCUACUAAUAUUUAUUCACCGUCUGUGCCUCCUCAAACGGCUUCCUUUCUUUCGGGCCCUGGCCGCCUCCCGCCCCCACCCCGUCACCCGCCUUCUGUUUCGGGACCCCCCCUGUGCCCCGUGGCCUCGGGGGCAGGCUCCCAGACCGGCUCUGGGUCACGGGGCUGAAGGUGGCCGUUACCACGUGCAGGGGCGCGGGGUACACGGCCGCCGUCCUCCGACUGGCCUCGGGGCGGGAGCCAGUUUCCCUGUGUAGAAGGGGUCUGGGACCCCCUUCAAGAAAGCUCCGGGAAGGCGGGGGUUGGCGGAGGGCACGCGUGUUUGUCUCAUAAGCGCCUGGCCCGCUGGUGGGUGGGAAGGGUUCAUUGUUUGGGAGGGGUCGUAGAAGCGGGUGAGGGAUGACACCCUUAGGGAGUGAGGCCUGCGAAGGGGCCCUCCCUUCGGCCAUGUGGUCACGGCGGGUUUUGGCCCCCGGGACUCCGAUGGGCGUUUUCAGCCUUCAUCCCGCCCCGGUCUUCCCAUCCCUGGCUCCUCGUUCCCAACCCCUCUCGUCCUCGGCCUCGGGAAAAGAACACCUCGUGCAGAAUUCCAGCUACAGGUCUCGGUCGAGAGAGGCCGCGAGGGGGCGCCCUGCCCAUCUGUUACAGGAAAGCACUGUGUAUCAGGCUCCACAACAAAAGCAUAUGAUUUGACUUAAAUUAAGUUUUUCCUUUGAGAAUAUUUUCAUUUUCUUUAAAAGAAUAUAGUUUUCUUCUAAAAACUU